AUGGAGGCUAACAAAGAUUCGGCCAUUCAAUGCCUUCAUAUUGUAAAAGAAGCCAUUAUUGAAGCAUCAUCAUCAUCCAACCCCGAUGAAUGUUAUGACAAAGCAAUUCGUCUCAUCAACAAAGCUAAAAAACUCUAUGAAGACAUAAACCCAUCCGAACAUGGUUUUGACAGACAUUUCAAAUCAUUGGAUGAUUUACUCGGAUACAUCCUUUCAAAGAGACAUCACAAAAGUUCAAAUCAUGGAUCAUCCAAUCCAUCAACCUCUCGAUCAAAUUCAACAUCAUCUUCAGCAAGCAGCAGCCAGACAUCAUCUUCAGCAGCAGAUGAUUCUCCUUCAACUCCAACCUACACAAAUGAGCAACGACAAGAAGUACUAGCUCUAUUGAAACUAAAAGAUGAUUAUUACAAAGUUUUAGGAGUUGAGAAGACUGCUACUAAAGAACAAAUCAAAAAAGCAUACCGAAAACUGGCUCUAAAAUUCCAUCCUGAUAGAAAUUCUGUGCCAGAAGCCACUGAGGCUUUUAAAAUUAUCGGAGCCGCUUAUAUGUGUUUAAGCGAUGAUGAAAAAAGGAAAUUAUACGACACGUAUGGUACAGAGGAUCGACAAAAAAUUGGUAUGAGUCAGCAGGAAGCCAUGUUUGGAAGAAGAAGAGGUGUCUUCCCUACAAAUGGAGGAUUUUAUUAUUAUGGAGGUGGCAUGGAUGAAGAUGAAAUAUUUUUUGAUCUUUUUUCUCAAAUGUUUGGAGCAAGAAAUGUAUACAUGUCACCUCAUCAACGGAGGCAGAGACGACAGUAUCAACGUGAAGAAGAUACAGAAGCUCAAAAUACUCCAUCUUUCGCAUUUGGUUGCAUUCAACUCUCGCUCAUUUUCUUUAUACUUGCCCUUUCAGUGCUUCCUUCAUUUUUCAGCAAUUUUUUCCCUCAAAAACCAUCAGCAAGCUACAAUGAAAUGUAUGGAAAUGGAUAUUAUCAUUUCGAACAAAUUGGCUCAUUUACUGAACAGCGUUCUGUGCUUUACUCUCCAAGAGGGAAAAAUAUUGAAAUACCAAUUUAUUACUCUCCUAGAGUAUUGGCUAUUUAUGGGGACACAAUUCACACUCAAUACCGAAAAACAGUUCUAUCUGACUACAAGAACUACUUGUCCAAUAGGUGUACAGAACAAAAAUUCUAUGAGCAAGCUUCCUCUUCAGAUAACGACAAACGAGCUUGGUUGAGACGAAAAGAGCGAGGAGUGAAUUAUUGUCAACGCCUGAAUGAGGUUUUUGGAUAA